CGUGUGCUACAUUCAAAAUAGUCCCACAUGUUGCAGACUCGCCAAAUACACAAAUCAUUUGAAUGAUAACUUAGCUUAGGCAAUAAAACAAGUAGUUUAAUGACAUGUGUACUUGGCACCGGUGAGUCAGUAUACAUGUCGGACAAUGGAGAUCAGUGGCAGGUGGCUCGGAGACGAAAAGGUGCAGCGAAGAAAUCAAAAUCUCUCCAGCUGUCUUCUGCUUCAACAUGCUGCCAGGAAGAGCUGGAUAUCGGGAAAACUGUUAAACGGAUCAGGGACAUAGUGUCUGAGCUGAGAUGUGAGGAGUUUUGGCAGGAGUGGAAAGAGCAGCUGUUGGUGGCAGCAUCAGUCUCAACACCUCCAGAGGACAAAGACACUGAGGAUCAGCUGGAGACGUGCAGAGAACACAGAUCAUGUCAGCAGCUGGAGUGUGUGUGUUAUGGACUCGGCUCCUUCUCCUCCUGUGUCGCAGCUCGAUACCAGCUGGCCAUGUUGCUGCUGCUGCUGGAUGCUGGGCAGAUUCCCCUGAAGGACUGCUCUGUCUAUGAUCCUGCAUUCUCCUCAGCAGAGAAGGAUGUCCUGAGAGAGCUGGGUCUGACUGUGCUGACAGAAAACGAGGAGGGGAAGCGUCUAGCGACAAAGCCCACGCUCUUUUACCUGAUGCAUUGUGGGAAAGCCCUGUACAACAACCUACUGUGGAAGAACUGGAGCGCACAGUGUCUGCCGCUGGUGAUAAUGAUUGGAAACAGCUUCAGCGGCAUGAGAGAGCGGACGAUUGAGAGAGAGCUCAAGCGGGACUACAGCUACAUCAGUAAGGCCGUGGAUGUGUGUGAGGAGAGACAGCUCCCUUGUCCGUCUCGUCUCAUUGACGUCUUCAGUGACACUUCAGUCAUCACCUUUCCUUCCAGCAGCCUUAACAGACUCCCACAGUCUACAUGGACAGAGUUGUGUGAACCGCAGUACCAGCACUGCCCAGAUUUGGAGAUUAUACUGAAGGAAACGCAGAGCUGAGACGGGAAAUUGACAAUAGUGGACAUGUUUUAUUGUUGUCAUUGAUAUAACCAGUUUUUAAAUAAAUGAGGAAUGCUCUAAA